CAUUCCAAAGAACUGAAUCGUGGCCUCUGCUGUGGUCCCUGCAACACAAGCCAUGUUUUCCAUCGAGAGGAUUUUGGGUUCGGAGGAAAAACAACCCGGUACCUGCUUGAAACUCCACAGGCCCUGGGGCCAGACAGACCCAGAGUCAGACGAAGAGCACCAUCACGAGCGUGGUCGCCAUCAUUCCCGAGUGAACCUACAGAGUCCAACAUCCAGCUGGUACAUCGGACGUAGACCACGGACGGCCUUCACUGAUCACCAAGUGAAUGUUUUGGAAGCAGUGUUUCGGGUCAACUGUUAUCCAGGCAUCCAUCUGAGGGAACAUCUGGCCGGGCACCUGGAACUGGAUGAAGACCGCAUACAGAUAUGGUUCCAGAACCGGCGGGCCAAACUAAGACGAUCCCUCAGAGAGAGUCGACUGAGAAUGGUGCAGUCGGCGGUGGCAGACCUCAGGGUAAAGGUCAUAGGUCAACUAACGAGCGAUGGCCGGACGUUGGAGGAUGAGAAGGAAUGAGAGAAGAUAUAUUUUUUAACAUCCCUCCACAUGGCUGUAAGAGAAGAAGGUGCGGGUUCAUAAUAGACUAAUGACCUGUCAAUCACAGGACUCACAGACAUUAACCUUGUUAUCCCAAUUAUUACUAACACAUAAGUGUAGUCUUUUUUUCACUGUUAUGUUGUCUGAUGAACAUAAUUAAAAUGUUUAUACCUUAUUA